AUUUUCGGAUGGCAUUAUCGUAAUAUCUUGGGGGAUUUUUUUCGAAAGGCCCUUUUCCAUUGGUUUUUGAAGGCUACUGAUCACGGAUUCGGCCUGAGGCUAUUCUUCAACGUCGAUUAAGUCCAUUAAGGACCGAUUUGGGCGGAUUUCUUCCGGGUCCAUUUUUGGCAGAUUGCAAAGGGGUACCAUCACAGAUUUCAGGCGAUUUUUCCGAAAUUCCAUUUUCUCUCUAUUUUUGAGGCUACAGAUCACGGAUUCAGCCCGUGGCUAUUCUCCACAUAUAAUGAAGUCUAUUGAUCCAAUUCUCCAAGGAUGAUGAAGCCCAUUAAGCACCAAUUUGGGCGAAUUUAUUUUCGGAUGGCAUUAUCGUAAUAUCUUGUGGGAUUUUUUUCGAAAGGCCCUUUUCCAUUGGUUUUUGAAGGCUACUGAUCACGGAUUCGGCCUGAGGCUAUUAUUCAACGUCGAUUAAGUCCAUUAAGGACCGAUUUGGGAGGAUUUCUUCCGGGUCAAUUUUUGGCAGAUUGCAAAGGGGUACCAUCACAGAUUUCGGGUGAUUUUUCCGAAAUGCCAUUUUCUUUCUAUUUUGGAGGCUACAGAUCACGGAUUCAGCCCGAGGCUAUUCUCCACAUAUAAUGAAGUCUAUUGAUCCAAUUCUUCAAGGAUGAUGAAGCCCAUUAAGCACCGAUUUGGGUGAAUUUAUUUUCUGAUGGCAAUAUCGUAAUAUCUUGGGGGAUUUUUUCGAAAGGCCCUUUUCCAUUGGUUUUUGAAGGCUACUGAUCACGGAUUCGGCCUGAGGCUAUUCUUCAACGUCGAUUAAGUCCAUUAAGGACCGAUUUGGGCGGAUUUCUUCCGGGUCCAUUUUUGGCAGAUUGCAAAGGGGUACCAUAACAGAUUUCGGGCGAUUUUUCCGAAAUGCCAUUUUCUCUCUAUUUUGGAGGCUACAGAUCACGGAUUCAGCCCGAGGCUAGUCUCCACAUAUAAUGAAGUCUAUUGAUCCAAUUCUCCAAGGAUGAUGAAGCCCAUUAAGCACCGAUUUGGGCGAAUUUAUUUUCGGAUGUCAUUAUCGUAAUAUCUUGGGGGAUUUUUUUCGAAAGGGCCUUUUCCAUUGGUUUUUGAAGGCUACCGAUCACGGAAUAGGCCUGAGGCUAUUCUUCAACGUCGAUUAAGUCCAUUAAGGACCGAUUUGGGCGGAUUUCUUCCGGGUCCAUUUUUGGCAGAUUGCAAAGGGGUACCAUCACAUAUUUCGGGCAAUUUUUCCGAAAUGCUAUUUUCUGUGAAUUUUGGAGGCUACAGAUCACGGAUUCAGCCCGAGGCUAUUAAUUCUCCACAUAUAAUGAAGUCUAUUGAUCCAAUUCUUCAAGGAUGAUGAAGCCCAUUAAGCACCGAUUUGGGCGAACUUAUUUUCGGAUGGCAUUAUCGUAAUAUCUUGGGGUAUUUUUUUCGAAAGGCCCUUUUCCAUUGGUUUUUGAAGGCUACUGAUCACGGAAGGGCCUCUUCCGGGUCCAUUUUAAGCAGAUUGCAAAGGGGUACCAUCACAGAUUUCAGGCGAUUUUUUCGAAAUGCCAUUUUUCUCUAUUUUGGAGGCUACAGAUCACGGAUUCAGCCCUAGGCUAUUCUCAACAUAUAAUGAAGUCUAUUGAUCCAAUUCUCCAAGGAUGAUGAAGCCCAUUGAGCACCGAUUUGGCGAAUUUAUUUUCGGAUGGCAUUAUCGUAAUAUCUUGGGGGUUUUUUUUCGAAAGGCACUCUUCCAUUGGUUUUUGUAGGCUACUGAUCACGGAUUCGGCCUGAGGCUAUUCUUCAACGUCCAUUAAGUCCAUUAAGGACCGAUUUGGGUGGAUUUCUUCCGGGUCCAUUUUUGGCAGAUUGCGAAGGGUUGCCAUCACAGAUUUCAGGCGAUUUUUCCGAAAUGCCAUUUUCUCUCUAUUUUGGAGGCUACAGAUCACGGAUUCAGCCCGAGGCUAUUCUCCACAUAUAAUGAAGUCUAUUGAUCCAAUUCUCCAAGGAUGAUGAAGCCCAUUAAGCACCGAUUUGGGCGAAUUUAUUUUCGGAUGGCAUUAUCUUAAUAUCUUGGGGGAUUUUUUUGGAAAGGCCCUUUUCCAUUGGUUUUUGAAGGCUACUGAUCACGGAUUUGGCCUGAGGCUAUUCUUCAACGUCGAUUAAGUCCAUUAAGGACUGAUUUGGGCGGAUUUCUUCCGGGUCCAUUUUUGGCAGUUUGCAAAGGGGUACAAUCACAGAUUUUGGGCGAUUUUUCCGAAAUGCCAUUUUCUCUCUAUUUUGGAGGCUACAGAUCACGGAUUCAGCCCGAGGCUAUUCUCCACAUAUAAUGAAGUCUAUUGAUCCAAUUCUCCAAGGAUGAUGAAGCCCAUUAAGCACCGAUUUGGGCGAAUUUAUUUUCGGAUGGCAUUAUCGUAAUAUCUUGGUGGAUUUUUUCGAAAGGCCCUUUUCCAUUGGUUUUUGAAGGCUACUGAUCACGGAUUCGGUCUGAGGCUCUUCUUCAACGUCGAUUAAGUCCAUUAAGGACCGAUUUGGGCGGAUUUGUUCCGGGUCCAUUUUUGGCAGAUUGCAAUGGGGUACCAACACAGAUUCCAGGCGAUUUUUCCGAAAUGCCAUUUUCUCUCUAUUUUGGAGGCUACAGAUCACGGAUUCAGCCUGAGGCUAUUCUCCACAUAUAAUGAAGUCUAUUGAUCCAAUUCUCCAAGGAUGAUGAAGCCCAUUAAGCACCGAUUUGGGCGAAUUUAUUUUCGGAUGGCAUUAUCGUAAUAUCUUGGGGAUUUUUUUCGAAAGGCCCUUUUGCAUUGGUUUUUGAAGGCUACUGAUCACGGAUUCGGCCUGAGGCUAUUCUUCAACGUCGAUUAAGUCCAUUAAGGACCGAUUUGGGCAGAUUUCUUCCGGGUCCAUUUUUGGCAGAUUGCAAAGGGGUACCAUCACAGAUUUCGGCCGAUUUUUCCGAAAUGCCAUUUUCUCUCUAUUUUGGAGUCUAUUGAUCAAAUUCUCCAAGGAUGAUGAAGCCCAUUAAGCAUCGAUUUGGGAGAAUUUAUUUUGGGAUGGCAUUAUCGUAAUAUCUUGGGGGAUUUUUUUCGAAAGGGCCUUUUCCAUUGGUUUUUUAAGGCUACUGAUGACGGAUUCGGCCUGAGGCUAUUCUUCAAUGUCGAUUAAGUCCAUUAAGAACCGAUUUGGGCGGAUUUCUUCCGGGUACAUUUUUGGCAGAUUGCAAAGGGGUACCAUCACAGAUUUCAAGCGAUUUUUCCGAAAUGCCAUUUUCUCUCUAUUUUGGAGGCUACAGAUCACGGAUUCAGCCCGAGGCUAGUCUCCACAUAUAAUGAAGUCUAUUGAUCCAAUUCUCCAUGGAUGAUGAAGCCCAUUAAGCACCGAUUUGGGUGAAUUUAUUUUUGGAUGGCAUUAUCGUAAUAUCUUGGGGGAUUUUUUUCGAAAGGGCCUUUUCCAUUGGUUUUUGAAGGCUACUGAUCACGGAAUAGGCCUGAGGCUAUUCUUCAACGUCGAUUAAGUCCAUUAAGGACCGAUUUGGGCAGAUUUCUUCCGGGUCCAUUUUUGGCAGAUGGCAAAGAAGUACCAUCACAUAUUUCGGGCGAUUUUUCCGAAAUGCUAUUUUCUCUGAAUUUUGGAGGCUACAGAUCACGGACUCAGCCCGAGGCUAUUAAUUCUCCACAUAUAAUGAAGUCUAUUGAUCCAAUUCUUCAAGGAUGAUGAAGCCCAUUAAGCACCGAUUUGGGCGAACUUAUUUUCUGAUGGCAUUAUUGUAAUAUCUUGGGGUAUUUUUUUCGAAAGGCCCUUUUCCAUUGGUUUUUGAAGGCUACUGAUCACGGAAGGGCCUCUUCCGUGUCCAUUUUAGGCAGAUUGCAAAGGGGUACCAUCACAGAUUUCAGGCGAUUUUUUCAAAAUGCCAUUUUUCUCUAUUUUGGAGGCUACAGAUCACGGAUUCAGCCCGAGGCUAUUCUCCACAUAUAAUGAAGUCUAUUGAUCCAAUUCUCCAAGAAUGAUGAAGCCCAUUGAGCACCGAUUUGGGCGAAUUUAUUUUCGGAUGGCAUUAUCGUAAUAUCUUGGGGGAUUUUUUUAGGAAGGCACUCUUCCAUUGGUUUUUGUAGGCUACUGAUCACGGAUUCGGCCUGAGGCUAUUCUUCAACGUCGAUUAAGUCCAUUAAGGACCGAUUUGGGUGGAUUUCUUCCGGGUCCAUUUUUGGCAAUUUGCGAAGGGGUACCAUCACAGAUUUCGGGCGAUUUUUCCGAAAUGCCAUUUUCUCUCUAUUUUGGAUGCUACAGAUCACGGAUUCAACCGGAGGCUAUUCUCCACAUAUAAUGAAGUCUAUUGAUCCAAUUCUCCAAGGAUGAUGAAGCCCAUUAAGCACCGAUUUGGGCGAAUUUAUUUUCGGAUGCAUUAUUGUAAUAUCUUGGGGGAUUUUUUUGGAAAGGCCCUUUUCCAUUGGUUUUUGAAGGCUACUGAUCACGGAUUCGGCCUGAGGCUAUUCUUCAACGUCGAUUAAGUCCAUUAAGGACCGAUUUGGGCGGAUUUCUUCCGGGUCCAUUUUUGGUAGUUUGCAAAGGGGUACAAUCACAGAUUUUGGGCGAUUUUUCCGAAAUGCCAUUUUCUCUCUAUUUUGGAGGCUACAGAUCACGGAUUCAGCCUGAGGCUUUUCUCCACAUAUAAUGAAGUCUAUUGAUCCAAUUCUCCAAGGAUGAUGAAGCCCAUUAAGCACCGAUUUGGGCGAAUUCAUUUUCGGAUGGCAUUAUCGUAAUAUCUUGGGCGACGAAAGGCCAUUUUCCAUUGGAUUUGAAGGCUACAGAUCACGGAUUCGGCCUGAGGCUAUUCUUCAACGAUGAUUAAGUCCAUUAAGUGACCGAUUUGGGCGGAUUUAUUCCGUGUCAAUUUUUGGCAGAUUGCAAAGGGGGUACCAUCACAGAUUUCGGGCGAUUUUUCCGAAAUGCCAUUUUCUUUCGAUUUUGGAGGCUACAGAUCACGGAAUCAGGCCGAGGCUAUUCUCCACCGAUAAUGAAGUCUAUUGAUCCUAUUCUCCACGGAUGAUAAGUCCAUUAAGCACCGAUUUGGGCCAAAUUAUUUUCGGAUGGCAUUUUCGUAAUUUCUUGGGUCGAUGAAAGGCCAUUUUCCAUUGGUUUUUGAAGGCUACAGAUCACGGAUUCGGCGUGAGGCUAUUCUUCAUCGAUGAUUAAGUCCAUUAAGCACCGAUUUGGGAGGAUUUAUUCCGGGUCAAUUUUUGGCAGAUUCCAAAGGGGUACCAUCAUAGAUUUCGGGCGAUUUUCCGAAAUGCCAUUUUCUUUCGAUUCUGGAGUCUACAGAUCACUAGAAUCAGGCUGUGGGCUAUUCUCCAUCGAUAAUGAAAGUCUUAUUGAUCCUAUUCUCCAUGGAUGAUAAGUCCGAUCAAGCACCGAUUUGGGCCAAUUUAUUUUCGGAUGGCAUUUUCGUAAUAUCUUGGUCGGACGAAAGGGCCAUUUUCCAUUGGUUUUUUAAGGCUACUGAUCACGGAUUCGGCCUGAGGCUAUUCUUCAACUAUGAAUAAGUCCAUUAAGCACUGAUUUGGGCGGAUUUAUUCCGGGUCACAUUUUUGGCAGAUUCCAAAGGGGGUACCAUCACAGAUUUUAGGGCGAUUUUCCGAAAUGCCAUUUUCUUUCGAUUUUGGAGGCUACAGAUCACUAGAAUCAGGCCGAGGCUAUUCUCCACCGAUAAUGAAGUCUAUUGAUCCUAUUCUCCAUGGAUGAUAAGUCCAUCAAGCACCGAUUUAGGUCCAAUUUAUUUUUGGAUGGCAUUUUCAUAAUUUUUUGGGCGACGAAAUGACAUUUUCUUUGGAUAUUGGUAGGCUACAGAUCACGGAUUCGGCUUGAAACUAUUCUUCAACGAUGAUUGAUGUCCAUUAAGCGCCAAUUUGGGAGGAUUUAUUCCGGGUUAAUUUUUGGCAGAUUCCAAAGGGGUACCAUCACAGAUUUAGGGGCGAUUUUUCCGAAAUGCCAUUUUCUUUCGAUUCUGGAGGCUGCAGAUCACGGAAUCAGGAGGAAGCUAUUCUCCGCCAAUAAUUUAGUAUAUUGAUUCUAUUCUCCACGUUGAAGAUAAGUCCAUUAACCAUCUGAUUUGGGGGCACUUUAUUUUCGGAUGGAAUUUUCUUUAUUUUCUUGGUGCGAGGAAAGGCCAUCUUCUUUUUAUUUUUAGGGCGACUAGAUCACAGAUUCUGCCCUGAGGCUAUUCUUCAACGAUGAUUAAGUCCAUUAAGUGCCAAUUUGGACGGAUUUAUUCUGGGUCAAUUUUUGGCAGACUCCAAAGGGGUACCAUCACAGAUUUCGGGCGAUUUUUCAUAAAUGCUCAUUUUCUAUCAAUUUUGGAGGCUGCAGAUCACGGAAUUAGGCCUAGUCUAUUCUCCACUGAUAAUGAAGUCUAUUAAUCCUAUUCUCCACGGAUGAUAAGUCCAUUAAGCACCGAUUUUGACAAAUUUAUUUUCGGAUGAGCAUUUUUCGUAAUUUUUAGGGCGACGAAAAGCCAUUUUCUUUGGAUUUUGAAGGCUACAGAUCACGGCUUCGGCAUGAAGCUUUUCUUCAACGAUGAUUAAGUCCAUUAAGCGCCGAUUUGGGCGGAUUUAUUCCGGGUCAAUUUUUGGCAGAUUCCAAAGGGGGUACCAACACAUAUUUCGGGCGGUUUUUCCAAAAUGCCAUUUUCUUUCGAUUCUGGAGGCUGUAGAUCGCGGAAUCAGGUCGAGGCUAUUCUCUACCGAUAAUGAAGUCUAUUGAUUCUAUUCUCCACUGAUGAUAACUCCAUUAAGCACCAAUUUGGGCCAAUUGAUUUUUGGAUGGCAUUUUCGUAAUUUUUUGGGCGACGAAAGGCCAUUUUCAUUGGGUAUUAAAGGCUACAGAUCACGGAUUUGGCCUGAGACUAUUCUCCAACGAUGAUUGAGUCCAUUAAGCACCGAUUUGGGCGGAUUUAUACCGGGUCAAUUUUUGGCAGAUUCCAAAGGUGUACCAUCACGAUUUCGGGCGAUUUAUCCGAAAUGCCAUUUUCUUUCGAUUCUGGAGGCUACAGAUCACGGAAUCUGGCCGAGGCUAUUCCCCACCGAUAAUGAAGUCUAUUGAUCCUAUUCCCCGUUGAUGAUAAGUCCGUUAAGCAUCGAUUUGGGCCAAUAUAUUUUCGGAUGGCAUUUUCGUAGUUUCUUGGUCGACGAAAGGCCAUUUUCUUUGGAUAAUGAAUGCUACUAAUCACG